GCAAUUUGACAGGUUUCCAUCGACUUGAAUUUGAUUCUACGUCGCAUUAAGUGUGAAUUAAUGCUUCGGUGAAAACUAGACCAUUGUCUGCGAAGUUCAAACGAAAAAGCAGCAAAAAUCCUGAAAAAAGGAAGUGACGAACAACUGGCUGGCGGAACGUCGUCCUUUUGCCGACUCGCUAGAAAAAUACAAAUUGUUGCACAUUUUCUUGAAGAUUUAUCAUUUUGAAAGUUCUGAUGAGAUACGUUGCAGCACUUCGCUUCCACUGUCUUGUACAAAUGGAAAGACAUUCUGCGUAGUAUGUGGUCACUUGUUCGAGAGAACUGCGAGCUAGAUACACGAUGGUACAGUUUUCAAUUCAAUUUGCCAGUGAAGUCGUGAAACAAAUCCAGGAUAACGCGAUGAAUUUUGCUUGCUCCCUUGAUGCGAGCUCGUUUCUUGGCAGUUUCUCUCUGGAACCUAACCUAACCCUAAGCGCGAGUGUACAAUAGGUAGAAUAGAGAAUAUUGUGACGAUUUUGUGACGGAAAGUAGUCCCCCGAACAAGUGUGGCCUGUGCUGAAAAUCUUGACGAAAACGUUACGACGAAAAUAUCCGCAGUCCCCUUAUCGAAGUCGGACAAUCUUGCGCCUCUGUUGCUACGGUUGACGGAAGUCGCUCUCAACCUCCUCGUUAGACGAGUCCGUUUUGGAUCACUUGUUUUGUCUGGCCGCGAUACUAAUGGAGAACAAAAUGUUUAACGAGGAAGAUACUCGGGAUGCCACUGUUUACUGGAAUAAAAUUUGGGACUUGUUGUUAAGGUCUCUGAAAGCGAAUCGAAAUGAGGAAUCUGGUCGUGUACCGAUGCGUUGCUUUGUGAAGCGCAAUAAAAUGCUGAACGCAAAUGGCAUUCUCAAGUUAUACUUGACGAAGACAAGCAGCGUCGGUUGGACGCGAAACAUGCUCGUGCUUACGCAACUGCGGCAAUUGUGUGUAUGUGUUUCUCCGCAGAAAUACUCAAGCGCGCUGACACUGGAUUCGUCAUCGUCAGCGUCGACGUCCUUGCAAUGUUAUUCAUUGCUUUCGACCGAUUUUGUUUCCAGCGCCGGCGGCGGCGACGUAACCAUUGUCCAAGAUAUUGAUUCCAUUUUAAUAUCUUGGACCUCUCUCGAACCGUACAAGUUGAAUUAUCGUUUUCAACUUUUUACACGAGAUGGUCAAGUGUCCGUCACAAAAUUAAAAAUUUACAAAAUACCUCGAAAAGAGGAAUGACAUUUUUUUUCUAAUUUAUGUAACAACGCGGUAUCUCCGCGUGGAAGAUGGUUGUCGUCGCCCCUGCCGAGAUGAUUAUCUCAUUGCUCGAGGCGAGAAUAUAUGGACCGUUUAUUUAAAAAAGUGGUGUAAAUCCAUUUUUUCUUUUGUUUCGAGAAACUUAUAGGUUAACAUAUCUGUCAAUUAUGAAUUAUGAAUUACGUGAUCUCAUUUUUUUCAAAAAUAAACUUACACCACUUUCAAAAUAAACGGUCCAUAUAUAUCCUGACGAAAAGUGAUGGUUCGAGUUUCAAAAAUUGGUUACUUAGACAAUAUGACAUUCUUGCUAUAGAUCGCACACCGCGAUCUCGUCUAUCGUUGAAAUAGCGUUGAAAUAGCGCGCGUUUGUAAAAAACUUUGUUAGCCGCUGCAAAAGACUUGCACCAAGUUUUGUUCUUCUUUAAAAUCUAUCAAACUUUGUAUGUCUUGGAUAAAUCAUUGGACAUUAUUCUUCAGUCGGUACGCGUUUCACCACGUUUGUUUGUACGAUGCUCCUCCGAUUUGCGGUAAUUCUUUAAUCUGAAACGCAAUAAUAAAUUAAUACUAAAUUUACAAACUGUAAAUACAAUAAAAAUGUAGUAAUAAAUAAAUUUGUGUACAAAAGUUUUGAAAUUGUUGUCCUGGAUUCUGAAAA